GGUGAAGUAGGAGUAUUGUGAAAUAAUUCGCGAGUGGUAACGUGAAAAACACGUUUUAUUAAAUCUUUUUUUUAUAUUUACGAUCUAAAAUCUGUAAUCAAACGUCACGCUGAUUGUUUUGUCAUCUUCCGCGAGCUACAAUUCACCGAAAAUGGGAACGCAUUCGAACGCAACGAGCGACAUCCCAAUGAGUUAGGUUAAAAAUCGCGUUAGCUACUCGCGUGAAUAUGUCCACGCCGGAUAUGUCAGAUAUGGAUAUCGAUAAUCAAAGUGAAGACGGAGAAAUUAAGAAGAGUCCAUCGAAGGAUAUGGCUGAAUACAGCUUUUCAGAGGAAGAGGGUGGCGACACGGCCGACUCCUUGGAUAUCAAACCACCGCAGGCAGUUGUUCGCCAUCAUAAGUCUAGCUCGUCCCAUCGAAGGGAGAAGCACAGCGACAGGAGAAAUCGUAGAGAUGAGAAAGAGCGGAAGUCGCGUCAGCACGAACGCGAAGACAGACAUAGGGACAAGCACAGGCAUCGUAGACAUGUGGGAGAGCCUCUUGAAAGACCCGAGCGUUUGGAAAGCUCCAAGAGGAAUCGUGAGAGAAUGGAGCGACUAGACAGGAUGGAGAGCCAUUCUAGAGACAGAGAAUCUUCCAGGCACGAUCGCAAGGAAAGAAGUACAGGAGACCGCGUCCUAGAAGAUUUGAGGGAAAGAUUGUUGGACAAGAGAAGGGAGAGACGGGAGGAUCCGCGUGAUACUCGUAAUUAUAAAAUUGAGUCGUCUCGACACGAGGUGCGAUUGGAGGAUCUGCGAGAAAUACGCGAGUCGCGCGAUCGGCGAGAAGUACGUAUGGACGACCUGCGGGAACGUCGUGAAAUGCGUACCGUGGACGACGGUAGAGAACGUCGCGAGAUUCGCAUGGAGGAUCAGAGGCACGUACGCGUGAUCAUGGACGAGCAGUUCUCGGAGAGCGAGCUGAUGGAACGAUCCGAGAAACGUCGCAAGAGAUCUCACAAGCACGAUAGAGCUCGCGAGAGAGACCAAGAGAAGAUGGAGCGCGAGAAGGAGCACAGGGACAAACAGCUGCGGGAAGCGAUGGAGAUCGUAACCGAUGAUAUUAACGAGAUGGAUGUGCAAAAUGACAUCUCUAUGCAGAUUAAAGAUCCAAAGGAGAUGACGGAACAGGAACUUAGGAAAGAAAGGCUGUUGGAAGCCGACAGAGAAAUGGCCAGGCGCAAAGAGGUAUCUAGAAUGGAGUUGGAAGCGAGAAGAAUGAAGAGAGGCGAGAAACGGCCCAUGAGUCCGGAUAACAAUCCAGAUCCUUCGAUUGUAGAACUGUCGGAUGAAAGCGUCAGUCCUGCUCGUUCCGAGGGCGCGCGAUCGAAAUCAGCCGAGUCUAGACACUCGUCCGAAGGUGAGAGAAGUCCGCACGAGAGGUCCUCGGAGCGACAUUCGUCCGACUCUUCGGAAUCGAGCAGCGACGACGACGAUGAAUCUAACGAAUCGAAUAAAGGUUCUGGGGGCGAUUCCAAUGAUGGCUCAGAAUACAACAAUCCAAGUCCAUUGUCCGUCGAUCGAUUAGCCAAAUCCGAUCAUUCAGAUGGAGACUCUCCGGGACAUGUCGAGUCCAACAAUGCUCCGAAAAACAUAGAAGAGGAGGAAAAGAAAGAGGAGGAACCAGAGUUACCGCCAUAUCUGCCGGCUAUUCAAGGUUGUAGAAGCGUCGAAGAAUUUCAAUGUCUAAAUCGAAUCGAAGAAGGUACAUAUGGAGUCGUGUACAGAGCACGCGACAAACGUACAGAUGAGAUAGUCGCGUUAAAACGACUGAAAAUGGAAAAGGAGAAGGAAGGCUUUCCGAUUACGAGUCUGAGGGAGAUCAAUACAUUAUUGAAAGCGCAGCAUCCCAAUAUUGUUACCGUGCGUGAGAUAGUCGUCGGCAGUAACAUGGAUAAGAUAUUUAUUGUCAUGGAUUACGUAGAGCACGAUCUGAAAUCCCUAAUAGAAACCAUGAAACAGAAGAAACAAGUUUUUAUACCCGGAGAAGUUAAAUGUCUUAUGCAACAAUUGUUACGCGCGGUCGCGCAUCUGCAUGAUAAUUGGAUAUUGCAUCGCGAUCUAAAGACGUCCAAUUUGCUGUUAAGUCACAGGGGCAUUUUGAAAGUCGGCGAUUUUGGCUUAGCUCGUGAAUAUGGUUCUCCCUUGAGGCAAUACACGCCUAUCGUCGUAACGCUUUGGUAUAGAGCUCCUGAAUUAUUGCUGUGUGACAAAGAAUAUGCAGGAAUAUAUAGUACACCAAUAGACAUGUGGUCCGUAGGGUGCAUUUUCGCUGAGCUUUUAAGAAUGGAACCAUUGUUCCCAGGAAAGUCGGAUAUAGAUCAAUUGAAUAAAAUAUUUAAGGAGCUGGGUACACCGAGCGAAAGAAUCUGGCCAGGAUAUGCUAAAUUACCCAUAGUACAAAAGAUUCCAUUCGCGCAUUACCCUGUAAAUAAUCUCAGACAAAGAUUUAGUUUAUCGUUGUCCGAUUUAGGUAUCGAGUUGCUGAACAAAUUUCUAACGUAUGAUCCUCGCCAACGUGUAACCGCCGAAGACGCCAGUAAUCAUGGCUAUUUUACUGAAGCGCCUUUGCCAAUCGAUCCGCAAAUGUUUCCCACGUGGCCCGCCAAAUCGGAGCAAGGAAUUAGAACUACAAACGCGUCCCCGAAACCACCGAGCGGCGGCAGAGAAUAUAAGCAAUUGGGCGACGGUGACGACGCUGAUUUGAGCAACUCCGGUUUCCACAUGGGCAUGAUGGAGGGUGGCAGGGCGCCGCCGGUUGGGGGUGGCUUUCACUUGAAAUUCUAAUUGAAAAAAUUUUAUACUUUGAAUUAUAUCAAAGAAUUUUUAUCCGAAUAGAUUUAUACAAAAUAUACUACGUUUCUUUAUAUAUGUAUGUAUGAAGAAAUAUAUAAUCCGCAUUAUAUGUACGUAUUCUACUUCUGUUAUAAAAGAACAAAGAACAUGAAGAAUAUUCAUA